ACAUAGAUAAAAAGUGUUUGGAUUGCGGUAACUGGAGUAUUAGAACGGGACCUUUUGGAGACGAAAGAUAUCUUCUACUGUACGCAAUCUCUUAAGGACCAUGGAGAGCUCCAGGCUAUGGACCAGAGCAGUGGUUUGCGCGGUGUUGCUGUCCAUCGUUCUUAGUGCUGAAAUUGACUACUUGGAUUCCGAAUUGGACCUCGACACAAGAAGUGUGAGAGACUUCUACCCCAAAGAUCCGAAUUUGACCAACGAAAAGCAACUGCUUGGAGCACUACAUGACGUUCUUAAAAAGCUGCAGACCAAGAGACUUCCAUUCUGGGAAAAGAAAUUCGGCCAAGUCCCUACGUGCGACGUUGGAGAGCAGUGCGCAGUGAGAAAGGGCGCGAGAAUCGGCAAAAUGUGCGACUGUCCUCGCGGAGCUUUCUGCAACUCUUACCUGCUCAAGUGCUUGUGAAUUGAAUUGGUCUGAAUGUAAGUUAGAAGUUGAUGGCAAACUAAAACUGUUACAUCAGAACGACAUGUGAUAUAGGAAUAUUGUUAUGAUACUACAAUAUACGAUUAUCCGGAGAGUGACAGGUUGCAUUCUGAGAGAUUGUCUAAACCCCAAAAAGGCUUAUUUUGAAGUUAUGAAAUAUUUUAUUUUCAACUGGAUGUUUCUGUAACCAAAAAUGAGUUGUACUAUGAAUAAACAGCGUUCUAUCUUGUUUU